AAUGGUGAGAACUUCUGCAUUCUGGAUGAGCAGAGGUUUGCCAAGGAGCUACUCCCCAAGUACUUCAAACACAACAAUAUCUCCAGCUUUAUACGACAGCUUAACAUGUAUGGUUUCAGGAAGGUGAUUGCUCUGGAGAAUGGUAUGAUUACAGCAGAGAAAAGCUCAGUCAUUGAGUUCCAGCACCCUUUCUUCAAGCAAGGGGAGGCACAUUUACUGGAAAACAUCAAGCGCAAGGUGUCUGCAGUAAGAACUGAGGAUCUCAAGGUCUGCACAGAGGAUUUGCACAAGGUCCUCUCUGAAGUCCAGGAAAUGAGAGAGCAGCAGAACAACAUGGAUGUCAGGCUGGCUAACAUGAAGAGAGAAAAUAAGGCCCUGUGGAACGAAGUGGCAGUUCUAAGGCAGAAGCACAGUCAACAACAGAAGCUGCUGUCUAAGAUUCUUCAAUUUAUACUAAGUUUGAUGCAAGGAAAUUAUAUUGUUGGGGUCAAAAGAAAAAGGUCUCUCACGGAUGCUGCAGGAGCUUCACCCUCCAAGUACAGCCGUCAGUACGUUCGCAUUCCUGUGGAGAGUGGCCAGGCAGUGGCUUUUUCGGGCUGCGAUGCCGAGGAUGGGAGUGGAAAUGGGUCGGGUCUGAUCAUUCGGGACGUCACUGACAGCCUGGAGAGCGCCACCGGCGGGCUGCUGCCCGUGGCACACGCCAGCGCCAGCGGCAGAGAGACACAGGCGUCCCUGGAUCCUGGCUUACCUGUUUGCCAAGUGUCACAGCUAAAUGAGGUGAACCGUACAGAGCCUAUCCCACCAGUUCAUAGAAGUGAUGUCAGCAAAUCCAGUGAAAUAGGAAAUGCUGCUGUGGAACUCCAUACUGCACAGCCUAAUGCUCCAGAAGACCCCGUAUCAGUGAUUGACUCCAUCUUGAACGAGAACAGCUCUGGAACCCAAAGCGAUCCUUUACUGGACAGAGAAGAAAUUCAGGAUUUUCUUAAUUGCAUUGAUGCCAGCCUUGAAGAGCUUCAAGCGAUGUUAUCUGGGAAGCAGUAUAACUUUGGUUCUGAGGCUUUCAGUGAUACAUUUAAUCCUGAGCUGCCAGCCCUGGAUAUGAACUUGAUGGAAACCUCCCCUGGUAUGGAAAAUAUUUCAAACUUGACAGAGAACACUGAAGAUCUUGGAGCGACUGAGAAAGAAACACCAGGAAGCAAAGAUAUGCAGCUGAUACAGUACAGGGCCAAUCCCCUGCUUUCGUUACUUGAAGAGCUGCCGUCAAGUGAAGCUGCAGGGAAGACAGAGGAUCCGAAAGAUCUUCUACUGCCUGUCCUGGAGGAGAAACCUGCUCUCCCUCCUCUGCCAGGGAGUGGAACUGACUUGCCACUGGCAGCUCCAGCCAGCCAGGCUGAGCCGCUGGAUGCUCUGGGAAUGGGUGAGGCACCUCUCCUCUCAGAAGAUGGGAAUGGAGAGUAUAAACUGUUUCCACUCUUGCUCCUCAGUCCUGUUGCUAACUUCAUAGAAGAGGCCUCUGAGAUAGAAACUUCUUGA